CCCUUCUUUCCUCCUCUCCGCGAGCGGUGCCGGAGGAACCUCGCCGCUGCUUAGACCCGCCCCUGGCCCUUCCCCGCCGGCCUCUUCCAGCGUAACUGAACCGCUGCCGCCUCUUCCUUCGCUGUUGCCCGGAUUCAUCGCUCGCUUCCUUCUAAGUUGCCCGCGGCGCGGCCGAGGACGCGCGAGGAAGAAGGGGAAGCGGGAUCCUAUCCACGAGCUUUUAUCCUUCGCGGAGGAGCCAGGCCAGGUGAUACAAUGGAAUCACUGGAUACAACAAUCAAUAGCUACCUGGAUGUUUGGCUUGGGCCAAGAGAUCCCAGAGUAAAAGGAUGGUUUCUCUUGACGAACUACAGACCUACCUUUCUCUUCUCUGUCUUAUAUUUAUUAAUUAUAUGGCUAGGACCAAAGUAUAUGCGGAACCGACAGCCGUUUUCAUCCAGGGGAGUUCUAGUGGUCUACAAUAUUGGACUUACUCUCCUGUCCCUCUAUAUGUUUUAUGAGCUGGUGACGGGAGUAUGGGAAGGAGGAUACAAUUUCUUCUGUCAGGAUACGCACAGUGGAGGUGAAGCUGAUAUGAAGAUUAUACGGGUCCUCUGGUGGUAUUACUUCUCAAAGUUCAUCGAAUUUAUGGAUACUUUCUUCUUUAUAUUACGGAAAAAUAACCACCAAAUCACCAUUCUUCAUGUCUACCACCAUACAACUAUGUUGAAUAUUUGGUGGUUUGUUAUGAACUGGGUGCCUUGUGGCCACUCGUAUUUUGGUGCCACUCUUAACAGCUUUAUUCAUGUCCUCAUGUAUUCCUACUAUGGACUAUCUGCUAUCCCAUCUAUGCGUCCAUAUCUCUGGUGGAAGAAAUACAUCACUCAGGGGCAGCUGGUUCAGUUUGUUCUGACAAUCAUCCAGACAAGCUGUGGGGUCAUUUGGCCUUGUCGGUUCCCUAUGGGAUGGUUAUACUUCCAAAUUGGUUAUAUGAUCUCCUUGAUUAUCCUUUUCACAAAUUUCUAUGUCCAGACUUACAACAAAAAAGCAGCCUCCAGAAGGAAAGAAUAUCAGAAUGGGUCUGCAGCUGCUAUGAACGGGCACACAAAUAGCUUUUCUUCUUUUGGGAACAAUGUGAAGCAAAUAAAACAAAGAAUGGAUUGAAGACCAAACUGAAAAACUAUUCUGAUAUCCCAGGCAACAACAACAACAAAAUCUGAUUGUAAGCACAAUAUGUGUUGUGCACUGAUAACUCUUGACAGCUACUGUAACUAUUCCUGCCUAGAAUAGUGUUGAUUUAUAUAGGAUUUAACCAGUGCAAAACAUCCUAGAAACUAUCCAUAAGCUAAAGUUGACGACGUUGAUAAUCCUGGAUGAUCAUAGACUGAAGCAUAAAAUGUGGAAGGAAGUAUUGUAGUAUGACAGACACUGCUGUUGCCUUACUAGUUGAUAUAAUAGGUGCUGAAUUAGGAUUCACGAUUCCAAAAGUGUAAUUCAGACUCAUAUUUUUAACUGUAGAUAGUGCAUGUUACUGUAAUUUGUAUGACAAAAUUCAGCUCUUUUUUUCUUUCCAGUAGUUUAAAACACACAUGCCUUAAAUCAAAAUAAAAGCAGGGCCUAAAAUCUAAUUACCAGUUUGAAAAUGUAUGGAACUGUUUCAUUUCUAAGAGGGCAGCUUCUCAAACGGCAUUUUGUGCCCUGGUACGGAUGCCCAAAGGAGAAGCACAGGGUCACUGAUGAAAAGUUCACAUACAUGCAUACAUGUGGAUCUCCCCACACGUUCAACUGUACAGCCUCAUUUCCUGUGGAGAGAUUGUAUUUCCAAAUCGGCGAUACAAUCUCCUUAAUUGACCCUUUUCACAAAUGGCUGUCUUCAGGUCUAGCAUAUAAAAAUGUCUAUCUACCAUACAAGUGGUAACCCCUGGAAUGGAGAGCAAUCCCCCUGCAAACCCUUCACAUGCACAGUAUGUUGUGCAUCCCGAUCUGAGGGAGGCCUCUCCUUCAGCCGAGGUGCAACAUCGUUUAAUUCCUUCCAGAAAUCAAAAGAGACACAGCAGACUGUUUAUGACGUGCGGACACGCUCAAAGGCGCUCGUGCUUCUAUAUAUGCUCGGUUUGAAAUGACACCAGUGCUUU